AUGAAUUAUCCGCGCCAAUUACCAGAGGCCGUAGAUGCACUGAUAGGAUUCCGCGUAGAAUGCCACGACAACAGCUGUGGCGCUGCUAGCCAGCACUCCAUCGACCUUAGCAGCAUUCGACCUCGUUGUUACAUAUCUGACGACGACUUCUGGCAGGCUGCCGAGAACCAUCUAUCUUGGAAGCCUGUCAGAACACCAUUCGUAUCGUUCUUCAGAUCAUGGGAGAGAGCUCUGAAAUGGAGGGAACAUCUUAUUGAAAGAAAGGGGAAGGGAAUCAUGAUUGUUGCGGCUUGGUUGAAAGACUUGUCUGGAGUCUACGAUGCAUACAAUAUCGCUCAAUGUCUUAUAGACCAUCAAGGCCCGAGCUCAAGCAGUGAACUGCGACAGAACCUUGAUUACUUUCGUGGAGAACUGCUCGUUCAAGGUGGUAUCGACUACACGGAAAACAGAAUCCUGGCCUGCUUCCAGGGCGACAACCCCGAGAGCGAAAUGCAACCGAUAUCGCCACUGCUCAAAGGUCCCGAGAGGAGUCUUGUUGUGUCUAUUCCCAGAGGAACUCUACCGAUAUACGGCAAGUCAAAUCUGAGCAUCACCCAGCAAUUGGAGUGCGAAAUGUUGAGCCUCACGGGGGUUCGAAACGAUGUCAAGCUGUGCGUACUGGUGCUCGCAAUGUGUGACUGCGAAAUGGAAAUGAAGGAAGAAAACAAGAAGAUGACGAUCAAGGCUACAGAGCGCUGCGGAAACUAUGUCUUGAAAUUCGUAUCUCGCAGCUCUCGAUGGCACUCUUAUCUGGACGCAAUGCAGUAUGGUCUCAUGAAUGCUAUCAGGUAG